CGGAAAAUCAACCUGUGAAAAUUUGUGUACAUCUGGAGGCAGCUGCACCUCAAUUAAUGGACCAGUAACUAAUCCUUACGAUACAACAAAAAUGACUAGUGGUUCUAGUACUGGUAGUGCUGUAUUGGUGUCAACAGGCGCUGCUGAUAUGGCAUUAGGCGCUGACCAAGGAGGAUCCAUUCGCGGGCCAGCUUCGUCGUGUGGUAUUGUGGGACUGAAACCUACGUGGGGGUUGGUUCCCUACACGGGUAUACUAUCAUUAGAACCAACAUUAGAUCACGUUGGCCCAAUGACGAAGACAGUGUAUGACUGCGCAUUAUUGUUAGAGGUUAUUGCUGGUUACGAUGAUGGCCUUGAUCCAAGACAGCCAAGAGAUCUGACUGUACCAGAAUACACUAAGCAGCUUUCGCGUGACUUGACUGGGAUGAAAAUUGGCGUUCUCAAGGAGGGGUUUGAUACUCCAUUUUCGGAGAAAGAUGUUGAUGAUAACGUGAUGAAAGCUUUGAGAAAUUUCCCUAAAACUGGGGCUUCAGUGGUGGACAUAUCGAUACCAAUGCAUUCAGUUGGAAGCAUAAUUGGACUUGGUAUAUUUAUGCAUGGUUUGAAACAUCCUGUUUUGCAUGGACUCAGUUUUGGACAAAAAGGGUAUUAUCCAUCAAGUUUGAUCCAAAAUAUUCACCAUUCUUUCAAAUCUAACAUUGAUGACGCUUCUUUAACUGUCAAGCGAUCGCUGAUGGUGUGCGAAUAUCUGAGCCGUCAGUAUGGCGGUAGGAUGUAUGCAAAGUUUCAGAACAUGGCAAGAAAACUCGGCCAGAAAUACGACGAAGUGUUAAACAAAUGUGACGUCCUGGUAAUGCCCACGUUAACAAAGACAAUACCUAAAUUGCCUCCCAAAAAUGCAUCUCUAAAUGAUGCCACGGCAGCGUGCCGCAGCAGCGGGGGGAAUCUUCUAUUUCCAUUCAAUGUAACUGGUCAUCCAGCAAUUUCUAUUGAUACUGGUUACAAAACAGACGGUCUGCCGGUUGGUAUGAUGAUUGUUGGAAAACAUUUCGAUGAAAGUACACUUUUCAAAGUUGCAUUUGCAUAUGAACAAUCACAAGAUGCCAACUGAUUGGACGUGAAAACAUCGUUAAGCCUAAUAGCAGGUUGCUAAGUGUGUUAUUCAUUUAAUUUGGUGGUGGCGGUGAUUUAUAGCGUUAUUUAGACUAAAGUCAAUCAUCUCACGAACACUAUUCGUUUUCUGGUUUGACAACUACCAGAAAAAAAGUGUCUUAGCAGUUACUGCUAUAGAUGUACAUAGUGUUUCAUUGACGGGUGUUGCAAUUGAAUGGCAUGUGUACAAUAUCUUCUAAUUUAAAUUAUGCAUCUGAUUGCCAGCGAUCAUCUUGGUGAUCAUGAAUGAAAUAUUAAGUAUGAAAAGAUGGGUAUAGUAUGGGUAGUUUGAUAUUAAAUAAAUUACAAUUAAAGUUGUAGCUUGGAGCGAAUUAACCGACAAAUUGAUGCAUUGAUGAUCACUGGUUGAAUGAGACUACUGGUCCACAGUUA